AAUAAUUCGACAUGCACUUUUUCCGUUUCAAAACGAUACUCUACACCGAAACAUGUCGCGAGAUUGAAUUGCAACAGAAAUGACGUAUCGCCACUUUUAAGUUUUUACUGUGCACGGCGAAAGCGAACGCUUUCUUCUGUCCCGAAAAUUCCACAAUUACCAGCUAGAAAAUUGAACUAUCAUCCAUGAUAAAUGAUUUUUUGUAGCUAUCCGAGAUGAUUCGUUGUUUCUCGAAUGAUGGGACAGUUGCCGAAUUGAGGUUAGUGCGUGUCAUGAUCCCGGUUUUGGGUGAAGGUAUAAAGGCCCUUGCUCUGAUGACCCACCGUUUCAGUUGGAUUGGGGUUCGAUUAAGUACGGUUCCACAAAGGUCAAGCUGACCCUGAUUAGAUUGCAAUGGCUCGGUUAGUGCCGAUCGUGGUUCUUGUCCUAAGUGCUCUCAGUGGGAUUCGGUGUGAAUUUGGACUAGAUGUAGCAGCUCCGACCGUUAGCAGUGCAAUUGCCACUGCAAUUGGAAGUGGAAUAAGUUCCGUUGUGAGGGCCAAUGCAUCGAUAAAAAUUGAUUCAAGUGCUGAUGGAAGUGGUACAGUGAAUACACUCAUCGUCAUUUCAAACAAUGUGACCAACCCGAUGAACAAAUUGUUAGGGAGCAUUUUGGCGGGAGCUAGCAGUAGAAAUGCGAACAGCCAGGAAAUGUUCAAUAACUUCUCCGAACUAAUAAAGAAUACAUCAAAAGCGAUAGUUUCAGCAAACACAACUGCGGAUGAUUUAAAGACUGUCACCAAAGUGUACUUAUAUGAAUACAUGAUUGGGAAUCUGACUGCGUUGAACAAUACACUCCAGAAUCUAUCAAACGGUCUGAAUAUGAUGCAGUCGCAAGUUCAGUUGGCAGCCAAUGCAGAGUAUCCACCUACCAUUCUCAACAUAACCGUGUAUUUUAACAAAACCGUCGUGGCCAACCUCACAACCCCGUUGAGAUCUAUAAGAAAAUACCUCACAUCAAUUGGCUCUACUAUCACUACAAUUGCAGCAGAACGUAGUCAGGCCAUCGCUUACCGAGCACAGUUUAACGAAACGAUCAGCGCAGGUGUCCGUAGCAUAGAUAGUGCUGCAGUCACCUUCAACCGAACUGUCGUAGACGUCUACCAUAGGAUCAGCCAACAGCAAACCAACACCUUCAAAGCAAUCAAUCAAACAUACGCCUCCGUUCUGAAUCGUGCCGACUCCUACGGAAUCAACAUGCGUAACCUCACCCAGUUCUUGUCCGACAUGGUCACAGCUAACGCGAGUUUCACGCAGUUCGUCGAACUGAGCACCAACUACAGUACCGAACAGGUCACGAAAGCUCUCCACGAACAAACUACCGCAGUGACGGCAACUCUCCUCACCGUCAUCAACUUCGUCACCAAUCAAUCCGUCACGAACUCCAGCGUCAACACCGCUUCCUGCACGCAAAAGGCCGUUCAGCAACUCCAGCAGAACCCAGUUGCGAUGAACCGACUGGCCAGCUGUAUGCAAUCGGAGACCAACAGCUUCCGUACGACCACCCAGUUCGUUCAGGUGCAGAUGGAUGCCGUCCGGAAUGCCGCCGCUUCGUUGGCCGUUCAGAUGUCCCGAAUUUGUCAGCGAGAGACGGGACCGUGUACCGCUUACUUCUUUUCGGCGUUUCCGGAUCACUCGCAGCGGGUGCAGAACAAGAUAUCUGUGGUGGCCGGAGGUGUUAGCAACGACGAACAUAUCGUUACGGGACGGAUCGUCGAUUGCGUCAACGGUGUGGGUAGCGAUAUUGUGGCCAAUGCGCAAAUCAUUCAGAGCAAGUUCGUGACAUGUUUGGGUACGAUAAGGGUGGCACCAGUUGAGGUUGAAUAAAUUAGAUUAAG